AUAGAUAGAUAGAUAGAUAGAUAGAUAGAUAGAUAGAUAGAUAGAUAGAUAGAUAGAUAGAUAUAGAGAGUGCACUGGUGCAUGUAGUACAGGAGUGGGUGUGCGCCUAGCCCUGGUCACAUGGGCAGCUGUCUACAGAGUGUUCUGGUCCAUGCGUCUAUAAAUUCUCCUUGUGAUAUUAAGUUGGUCCUUUCUCCAAGUCCGCCGCCGUGUCCGUCAACAGAGUAGCUACGACUUCUAGUGGAAUCAUGGCACAAGACCAGGCUUUUGUGACUUUGGCCACCAAUGACAACUAUGCCAGAGGAGCCAUGGUCCUGGGCAAGUCCCUGAGGAACCACGAGACAACCAGGAAGCUGGUGGUGAUGAUUGGACCCCACGUCUCUGACCCCUGCAAAGGAGUUCUUCACAAGAUCUUUGACGAGGUACUGUUGGUGGAUGUGUUGGACAGCGGAGACGCAGCUCACCUGGCCCUGAUGGAGAGACCUGACCUGGGAGUGACCUUCACCAAGCUACACUGCUGGACCCUCACGCACUACUCUAAAUGUGUGUUCAUGGACGCAGACACGCUGGUGGUACAGAACAUAGAUGAGUUGUUUGACAGAGAGGAGCUUUCUGCGGCCCCGGAUCCCGGCUGGCCAGACUGUUUUAACUCCGGUGUGUUCGUGUUCCGACCCUCCAACGAGACGUACGGCAAACUGCUCCAGUACUGCACAGAACACGGCAGCUUCGACGGAGGACCAACCACACAGCCAGCUGGAGGAGACCAGGGGGUCUUGAAUGGCUACUUCAGUAACUGGGCAACAGCGGAUAUAUCAAAACACCUCCCCUUCAUCUACAACCUCAGCAGCAUAGCGAUCUACACCUACCUUCCAGCAUUCAAACAAUACGGUGGAAACGCCAAGGUGGUCCACUUCCUGGGUCAGACCAAACCGUGGAGCUACACGUACGACCCCAAGACCAAGAGGAUCAGCGGGGACAUCCAGGAGACUUCCACACAUCCCAGCUUCCUCCUGGACUGGUGGAUCCUCUACUCUUCCUCUGUGGUGCCCAUGAUGAUGGAGGGAUAUGGAGACCAGCCUUUCCACUCUGGCUGUGUGGAAGUUCGUCUAGAAUUCCAGUCCUCUGUCAAAGAAAGUUGUAACCGCCAUGGUCACUGGCCUGGAUCAUGGUCACAGAUCAAUAGUCACAAGGAAGGUGGAUGGAAGGGACGCAGCACAUCACAUGACUCCCAUCACAGCGAGCCAUACAUGUCAGCCGAGACAUCGGAGGAACGCAAGCAGAAAUGGGAGCAAGGCCAGGCGGACUACAUGGGAAUGGACUGUUUUGAUAAUAUCCAGAAGAAGCUUGAUGCUUUUCUCAAGUAGAGGAGGGAAACUGAUUUCAGUUUAGUUAGUUUGACCCACUCCUCUCUCCAUCUUACCAAUAGUUGGUUCUCCAUGUUAGUGAGCCAUUACCCAGCCCAGCUCAGAAGACGACGACACAAUUCUGUUACGAUGGGAAAACAUUCUGACAUUGUUGGCAGAGGAGGGCAUCCAACUGCAAUACUUGUAUAGUAUGUUUAUCCUGUCAUCUGUACUGUGAGGAUUACGACACUGAAGCACCAAUUUAUUGACAAGCUUUUACAAGACAUAUAUAUUUUUUUCUAUUUGUGAAGAAAUGUUUAGAAUUUAAAACCGCAAUAAAAUAUAAUAAAUAAAUAAAUAUGGCCUUGGUAAAUGGACAUGAGCCUUUUUUCCACGUGUGGACACUUUAACAAAUGAAAGAUGAUCAAUACAGUAUGCCUUGUAGUUUCAUAGAUGCCGGCGUGGCCAUAUACUGUAUAAUUAAGAGGAUUUUUAAUGUUUUGUCCUGCCAUGUCUGCACAACCUGGGCCUUCAGAAAGUAUUCACACCCCUUGACUUAUUCCACAUUUAGUUGUUACAGCUUGAAUUUAAAAUGGAUUUUUAACAGAUUUUGUCACAAUAUCCCAUUUUUGUCUGUGGAUUAUGUAAUUUUUUGUUGUUGACACAUUUAAAUUGAACUGAAAUGUCCUUUGAGUCAAGUGUUCAACCUCUUAUGGCAAGCCUAAGUGCUUAAGUUGCCUGAAGUGCUUAACGUGAUUAUUGAAUGACUACCUCGUCUCUGUACCACCCACCCAACCCCAUACAUCUUGUAAGGUUGUGCAGUGAAUGUAACAGAUUCAACCACAAAGAUCGGAGGUUUUCCAACGCCUCGCAAAGAAGGCCGCCUAUUGGUAGAGGGGUAAACAUUUUGAAAAAGCAGACAUUGAAUAUCCAUUUGAGCGUGGUGAAGUUACUAAACUUGGGAUGGCGUAUCAAUACACCCAGUCACUACAAGGAAACAGGCGUCCUUCCUAACUCAGUUGCCUGAGAGGAAGGAAACCUCUCGGGGAUUUCACCAUGCGGCCAAUGGUGACUUUUUAAAACAGAGUCUAAUAGCUGUGAUAGGAGAACACUGAGGAUGGCUCCACAACAUUGUAGUUACUUCACCAAUACGAACUGAAGUCGCAGUGAAAAGAAGGAACCCUGUACAGAAUAUGCAUCCUGUUUGCAAUAAGGCACUAAAGUUAAACUACAAAAAAAAUGUAAAGAACUGUACUUUGUCCUGAAUAAAGCGUUAUGUUUGGGACAAAUCCAACACAUCACUUGAGUACCACUCGCCAUAUUUUCAAGCGUGACGGUGGCUUCAGGUUCUGGGUGUGCUUGGCAGCGGCAAGGACUAGGGAGUUUUUUUAGGAAACGAAUGGAGCUAAGCACAGGCAAAAUCCUAGAGGAAAACCUGGUUCAGUCUACUUUCCACCAGACACUGGGAGAUGAAUUCACCUUUCAGCAGGACAAUAACCUUAAACACAAGGCCAAUUAUACACGAGUCGCUUACCAAGAUGACGAUGAAUUUUCCUGAGUGGCCCAGUUACAGUUUAACUUAAAGCAGCUUGAAAAUGUCUAGCAAUGAUCAGCAACCAAGUUGAGAGCUUGAAUCUUUUUUUCUUUUCUUUACAGAAUAAUGGGCAAAUAUUGUACAAAUCUUUUAGACUUACCCAGAAAGACAGAUGUAAUCACUGCCAAAGGUAAUUCUAAUGUGUAUUGACUCGGGGUUAAAUUACUUACCCAAUCAAGAUGCUGUAUAUUUGUUUAAUUUUUCAUGUGGAAUAAAGUCAAGUGAAUACUUUCGGAAGGACCUGUACGUAUUUCUGCUUAUGUUCUUGUGGAAAGAUACUGUUCUGCUCCCUUAGUUUUUAUACCGUUUGCACUUCACUUCUUCAGGCGCUGUGAGGGAUCUCCUCUCCGGCUUGUUUUACCCAGGGUAGUUUUUGUUGUUGUUGGCCUUAACCCAGGGUAGGUUUUUUAGUUGGCCUUAACCCAGGGUAGGUUUCCAGUUGGCCUUUACCUAGGGUAAGUUUCCAGUUGGCCUUAACCCAGGGUAGUUUUUUGUUGUUGGCCUUAAAACAUGGUAUGAUUUUUAGUUGGCCUUAUCCCAGGUUAGGUUUCCAGUUGGCCUUAACCCAGGGUAGGUUUCCAGUUGGCCUUAACCCAGGGUAGGUUUCCAGUUGGCCUUAACCCAGGGUAGGUUUCCAGUUGGCCUUAACCCAGGGUAGGUUUCCAGUUGGCCUUAACCCAGGGUAGGUUUCCAGUUGGCCUUAACCCAGGGUAGAUUUCCAGUUGCUCUUAACCCAGGGUAGUUUUCCAGUUGGCCUUAACCCUCACAGUUGAUCAUCACCUGUACUCUUGUCUAGGUACUGGCUCCUAAUGCCGGUAUGUGUUGAUCUAGAUGUUGAUCUCUCUUUGUUCAGAGCUCACUGCUGUUUUACUUGACCCAAAUGGUGCCUGUACCACAGAUGCUGUCACAUGCUAAAUAAAGUACUUGUAGAAUUAA